UGAGUAUCAGUCUUCGGGAGAAAAAUAAUUGCAUUUUAAAUACUUUUGGGCUUCUCUGUAAAUUUUACAAUUGCCUCAAAGCACUUUAUGUUGUAUCUUUUGUCUGGAGACUUGAAUAUUCACACAUUUCUGUUUUGUCAUUUGAUAUAGCACGGAUGUUUUCAGGAUUAUAGCAGGUCCCACUCUAUUUACGAUGUCAGCUGUUUUAUACUUCGAAAAUCGUAGUAACUGGUUCUUUCUCUGAAGUGGAUAUUACCAACAGACAGUUAGCUGCAUUUGUUGUGGAGAAUUCUAAGAAUUGGAUAUUAUUAUUAUCUGAUAUUCUAUGUAAAAUGCAGUAACGUUCAGUGUGUUGAUUCUGAGAAUCGGAUAUCAGUACCUUUUUCGCAAAGGCAUCGGAGUGGAUAGUGGAUACCAGUCUGCAAAAGUUACCAUCAAUUUCAGUGUCGGAUUUAUGUUUCUUUCACCGCUGUUUUCCACAAUACGCAAGAGCUUCACGUCAACUUUUUGACGCAUCUUUCUGCUGCAGAUAUAACACAGCAUGGCUCUAUAGCUGGCUUUGUCAUCUGCAUUGUUCGUUAAAAUUUGAGAAGCGCAGCUUUAUCAUCAACAGAACAUCGUGUUCACAUCGCUAGAAUAACUCGCUAUCACCAUGGGUAGCUUGCAGGAGAUGGAGCGUCUACUCCACUCUAAAGAUGACAAAAUCAAAGAGCUACAAAAACUCCUGGAGGAGAAAGAGGAGAAAAUCACACAGCUUAAGAGUAAGCUGGAUAAGUUUCAGUCCGUCCUCCCCCAGACGCAGACCAACUUCAUCAGCGGACCGCGGAAGCGGCGCGCCCAGGGAAUCAGCGCAGAGCCCCAGGCUCUCACGUGUUUACAAGACUUCAGCAAAACGGAGUUCCGGAGAUACUCCAAGACGCAAAAGUAAGUCAUUUGUGUAUGUGAAAUAAAAAAGGCACAAGAGUAGAAUAGCAGCUCUUUUUUGUAAAAUAAGAAGGGAAAACCGUCCUGCCCCAUUCAAAAGUUAACCAUACUUCCACCCCCCCCUCCCCCAAUUGACCCACUCCCCUUACAAGAAAAUCAAAACAUAACUUAACUAAACAAAACAAACUAGCGAAACCACCACCGUACAUAUAAGAUAGGCGAACAAAGUACCCUUUCAAAAAAAAAAAAACAACCCAGAACGAAAAAAACAAAACCAAAAAA